GCGAGGGGCGGCGACGGCCGCGGGCGCUCAAGCAUGGCGGCAGCCGCGUUGGGCAGCUCUUCGGGCUCUGCGUCCCCGGCUGUGGCCGAGCUGUGCCAGAACACGCCAGAGACCUUUCUGGAGGCCUCCAAGCUGUUGCUCACCUACGCAGACAACAUCCUCAGAAACCCUAAUGAUGAAAAAUAUAGAUCUAUCCGGAUCGGAAACACAGCUUUUUCUACUAGACUCUUACCUGUCAGAGGAGCCGUUGAAUGUUUAUUUGAAAUGGGCUUUGAAGAGGGAGAAACACAUCUUAUCUUUCCUAAAAAAGCUUCAGUGGAACAGCUGCAAAAAAUUCGUGACCUGAUUGCCAUAGAAAGAAGUAGCAGAUUGGAUGAAUCAAAUAAGACUUACAAAGUAGAAUUAUCUCAGCAACCUGCACCCAGUACCCAGCUUCCCAUUACACAGUCUUCAAAUCCUAAUGGGUUAACCCAGCAUGCAGGGAACAGUGAAGGACAAUCAUCAAAUCCACCAUCUGCUCCAAUGGUUACCACUGAUUCAGUCAUUCUAAAAGUUCUGCGGUCCAACAUUCAGCAUGUGCUGGUCUAUGAGAACCUUGCUCUCCAGGAAAAAGCACUGGCUUGUAUUCCAGUCCAAGAACUAAAAAGGAGAUCUCAAGAAAAGUUAUCUAGAGCUAGAAAAUUGGAUAAAGGUACUGAUGUAAGUGAAGAGGAUUUUCUUCUGCUGGAGCUUUUACACUGGUUUAAGGAAGAAUUUUUUCAAUGGGUGAAUGACAUUUUGUGCAGCAAAUGUGGUGGCCAGACUAAGUCUAGAGGUGAAUCAUUAUUUCCCAAUGAUGAUGAACUGAAGUGGGGUGCGAACAGAGUAGAAGAUCAUUACUGUGAUACAUGCCAGUUCAGCAAUCGAUUCCCAAGGUAUAAUAACCCUGAGAAACUUUUGGAAACGAGAUGUGGACGGUGUGGCGAGUGGGCCAAUUGUUUUACGCUGUGCUGUCGAGCCUUAGGGUUUGAAGCUCGCUAUGUUUGGGAUUAUACAGACCAUGUCUGGACAGAAGUCUAUUCACCUUCUCAGCAGCGGUGGCUGCACUGUGAUGCAUGUGAAGAUGUCUGUGAUAAGCCACUCCUUUAUGAAGUAGGGUGGGGCAAGAAGCUUUCCUAUGUCAUAGCAUUUUCUAAGGAUGAGGUGGUUGAUGUCACUUGGCGAUACUCUUGUAAACAUGACGAGGUAAUCUCCAGAAGAACUGAGGUUAAAGAAGAAUUACUUCGAGAAACUAUUAAUGGACUUAAUAAGCAGAGGCAAAUAUCUUUGUCGGAAAACAGAAGAAAAGAACUUCUCCAGAGGAUAAUCGUGGAACUUGUUGAAUUUAUAUCUCCCAAAACCCCUAAGCCUGGAGAACUUGGUGGAAGAAUAUCUGGGUCAGUGGCUUGGAGAGUAGCCCGAGGUGAAAUGGGUCUAGAGAGAAAAGAAACCCUGCUCAUUCCCUCUGAAAAUGAGAAGAUUUCCAAACAGCUCCACCUUUGUUAUAAUAUUGUGAAAGAUCGUUACGUCCGAGUUUCAAAUAAUAAUCAAACCAUUUCUGGAUGGGAGAAUGGUGUGUGGAAAAUGGAAUCCAUAUUCAGAAAAGUUGAAACAGACUGGAACAUGGUAUAUUUAGCCCGAAAAGAAGGAUCGUCUUACGCUUACAUUUCCUGGAAGUUUGAGUGUGGGUCAGUUGGCUUCAAAGUAGAUAGCGUUUCCAUUAGAACGAGUAGUCAAACCUUUCAAACUGGAACAAUACAGUGGAAAUUGCGAUCUGACUCAGCACAAGUAGAACUGUCAGGCGAUAAAACUCUUCGCUCCUAUCAUGAUUUUUCUGGUGCCACUGAAGUUAUUUUGGAAGCAGAAUUAAGCAGAGGAGAUGGUGUUGUUGCUUGGCAACAUACUCAGCUGUUUAGACAAAGCUUAAAUGACCAUGAAGAAAACUGUUUGGAGAUAAUUAUAAAAUUCAGUGACCUUUGAGAACCUGAACAUUAUAGAAAAGCUGACAAUAAUCAAAGAUUUACUGUGUUCUAAAGUAGUCUGUGGGUUCAGUGCAUGCUUAGUUGGCUAUUUACUACCCUCUGCUAGCCUGUUUUCUUUGGCUAGCUGUCCAUCCUGUACCCCUCAGGAAAAUAUAUCUUUGUACUACGGACCAUCGAAACCUUGAAUGAAAAGCUCCCUUCCAUAUGUGACUGUAAUUUGAAGUAAGUCUUAUUGCCUCAAUAUGAGAUUUUAAUCUAAAAACUGUAAGUAUAGUUUUAAAAGUAAAAUGAAGGUAUUCAUGAUGAACUGCUAUUCAUGAUUAUGAUAUAAUCUUAAGCUAAUAAUAGUAAUUUGACAUUUUUUUGAUUGGCCAUUAAUUUCUUCAUAAGUAAUUAGGUUUCCUAAGAUUUUUAAUUUUUAAUAAAUGUGAAAGUAUAGUAUCUCAUAAGUUAUAAUGCAUGAACAUUUUUAUGAUUGUAAAUACAUAGGCAUUUAAGAAAUAAAAUGAAUUAUUUUGUCGUAUCAUUUUAGUGGUUACUUUGACUAAAUAAGAAUCUUUAAUAAGUAUGCUAAACAUUGAAAACUGCUGGGAUAGAUAAGAGUUAUGAAAACAUUUAACACUGGCUGCAUAAAUUCAGAGAUACAUUAUAAAUCCAUGUGUAGACACUUUAGAAUAUGCUUUACUUUGGAGUUUACUUUUGAGUAUUUCUAUCUACCUCAUUGAAUAAAUAUCUGUUCUUGUCUUUGAAACUGUGUAACUAGAUUAUGCAGUACAUGCUGUUUCAAGAGUUUUUGGUGUGUUCCGUGUAACCUCUCCAAUUAAAUGUAUUAAGCAUU